GCGGUCAGCCAACAAACGACGUCCUCAAUUUUGGCGGCAAAGUGUGCAUGGCAUAACGACUAUAGUAACCGUCUUCAACCCUUUCGUAUACUAAUCGUAUAAUUAAAGACUGUAAGUCAGAAUGAUUCACCAAGUUUUAAUUGUAUUUUCCCUGCUUGGGAUUGCCUGGGCUGCAGACGGCGAUGUGGAACUGUCUGGAGGAAGAGAUGCCAACAGUGGCAUGGUCAUGAUCGAGUUUAACGGUGAGAAAGGCACGGUGUGCAAUGACGACUGGAACGUGUACGCCGCCGACGUGGUCUGCAAACAGGUCCUUGGAAGCACCUCCAAGUCCACUGCCCGCUUCCCGCCGACAGAGGGCAGUACACCCAAUGUGUUCCUGGAUGAGGUGGAGUGCAGAGGAGACGAGGCCGGGCUGAUGGAUUGCGUCCACGGCAAGCUGGGUCAGUCGGGAGGGUGUACGGGCCAAGACAACGCCGGUGUCAUCUGCUGGAAUCCCGCUGGCUUCCAAGAAUAUGCAGCAAACAACGGCGUGGUACGGCUGACCGGCGGUCCGUCCUCCACCGAGGGCCGCGUGGAGGCGUUCAUUGAAGGCUCCUGGGGCGCCGUCUGCGACGAGAAAUGGGACAAGACAGACGCAGCAGUCCUGUGCAAACAGCUCGGGUGCCCCAGUGGCGCCAAAGAGGCGACCACGGGGUCCAAAUACGGGCCAGGGGUUCUGGAUAUCAAACUGACGGAUGUUGUAUGCGACGGGACGGAAAAAGACAUGAUCAAUUGUACGCAUGUCGUUCUGUCGCCCUCUGCCAACACGACGUGCACCCACGAAACGGAGGCAGGGGCCAUCUGUGAUUGCGAAUUAACGGUCACCAUCGGUGACGGGCAAACAGAUCAAGGUUUACUCAGGGCCCAACGUGCCGGUGAAUCAGAAGCCAGGACACUGUGCUCCGAAACUUUCGAUCUCCAGUCUGCCGACGUAGCGUGUCGCGAGGCGGGCUUCCCGGGGGCUCUGUCGUUUUCAUCGGCAGAGGGGAACAUCACGGGCCUAGAGUUUGAGUCCUCGUGCGCCGGCUGGGAAAUCUCGCUCCGGGCCUGUCCCGUGUUUACUCCGGCCCAGUGCACCGACGGAGAGGCGGUUGAUAUCAAGUGUCAACCAAAAGAGGGGAUCGAGCCAACUAGUAAACCGAGCACCACGAAACCUCCGUCCGGCGGCCUGAGUACCGGUGCUAUCGUCGGUAUCGUGAUCGGAUGCUUGUUGGGGGUCCUCCUGGUCAUAAUAGUCGGAUUCCUCUUGUGUCGAAAGCGAAGGGAUGGACCGGCCGCAAUUUAAAUGCUUCAGGAAUUAAAGUUGAUAGACUGACCAAACUUAAUGGGUGAACACAACAUUACAAGUACAUUAAUUACAAAACUAAAAUCGGGUGCAGAAUUGCUAAAAUAAGCAUACAGCCAUGUGUAUUUUGAAUGUUUGCUAGUCUGUGUCUAUGUUAAAGAUGUAUUCCUCGUGCUGUUUUCGAGUUUCAUCCCCAAAAAUAGAUUCCCUUCUCAAUUGCUAUUUUUCAAGGGUAUACCAAAAGUAUGCACUUUUGAAUAGGACAUCGACCGAAAAAAAAAUCGGCCCGUGUUUUAGAUAAUUAACUAUUACUAUACAAUUUUGAAUUAUGGCCAGCCAGGCAAUAUUUCCCAAUCUCGUGGGGGUAAACUGGUUCCCGCCCCACAAUUAGUAUCGAUAAUGCAUGGAUCGGGAGGCAGUCUGCUCGCAAAAUAUUAACAGUAUUUUCCAGAGGAUUGUAAAUGUCCCAAAAAAAAAGGGGAACCAAAAAGAUCCAGAUUUUUUGUUGGGUGAAGUAAAACAGUUGAACAUUUUAUUAGGCCUGUUUUUGUUGAAGAGCACGGGAACGCAGCUUUAAAUAACACAUGAUUUCUGUGCUUAAACCUUUUUAAAUAAAAACUCUGGGCUUUGUUGGGUUUUUUUAAUUGGUACCAGAUAACGUUAAUUCUUUGUACUUGUUUUAAAUUUUGCAUGACAUAAUUGAAUAUUAACCAUUAUUGCGGUAUGGACGAUCUUGAAAUUGCUAAAAAAUUGAUAAUCGAUACAGUCACUUUUUUGUUUUAUAUACAAAGGCGCAUUUCUUCCACCCUGGCUGGUUAUGAGCAGCUUUCAGGCGUUGAGAGGAUUGGUUUAAUGUUUUGAUAAAAUAAUGACAAGUAAUCACCGAGAAAUAUGAACGGGUGUGGUUCUUGAAGAGCAAAACAAAAAGAAAAACCCGAUCACAAUAUUAUUAAAUAAUCACAUCAACAUAACUUUCUAUAACAUAAAAUCACAAAAUUUGUUUUUAACUGUUAGUUUGUACCAAUCAGCCAAAAAGUAAUUUUCUUUAAGAGCUUUUGUUACCGAAUACCGCUAAACAGCUUCGUUAUGAUACUCCUCUGUGACUGUGAUUAAAUGAGAGCAAAUGUAUUGCUCAGAUCCUAUCUUUCUGAAA